UCCCUCCCAGCAGCGAGAGGAGGAACAUUCCUCAAACUUCUCCGCUGUCUGCUGGAACAUGUCCGAGGCUCUGGACGACUAUCAGACGGGGAACCCGAAGCUAAACGAGCUGCCCGAUCACUCCCCGGUGGUGGCCGAAGCCAUCGGGAUCAUCCGGCAGAGGGCAGAGGCCGAGGGCGGGCAGGGGGCCCAGGGGCUCUCAGACCACUUCUUACUGAGGUUUCUCAGAGCCAGAGACUUCUGCAUAGAGCAGGCGGUGAGGAACCUGCAAGAGGACCGUGGUGAGGGUGAUGACGUCACCGAAGGUCCUUUUCCAGCCAGGUCCUGCAAGCAGAAGAAGAAAGUAGACCAGCCUGGCUGCGCGAUCAAGUUGAUUAGUGCUGGCUACCAUGGUGUCCUGCGGUCAAGAGAUGCCUAUGGAAGCAGAGUUCUUAUUUACAGAAUUGAAAAAUGGGACCCUAAACAGUUUACAGCCUAUGAGGUAUUUCGUGUAAGCCUCAUAACAUCUGAGCUUCUAGUACAGGAAACAGAGACGCAGAGAAACGGUAUCAAGGCUAUAUUCGACCUGCAGGGAUGGAGGUUCGUUCAUGCACUUCAAAUCACCCCAAAUAUUGCCAACAGGAUUGCAGCAGUCAUGACAGACUCUUUCCCACUUAAAGUCCGAGGGAUACAUCUAAUAAACGAGCCUCUCUUCUUCUAUCCUGUAUAUUCAUUGAUCAAGCCGUUUCUUCCUGAAAAGAUCAGACAAAGGAUCCACCUGCAUGGUUCUUGCUACAUGGAAACUCUUCACCAGCACUUUGCAGAAAAUAUCCUUCCUCCAGAAUAUGGAGGGACGGGGCCAUCAAUGAUUGACCUUUGUAAAGAGUGGACUGACCACAUCAUGAACUGUGAAGACUACCUGCUCAGUAUAUCUGAGAGUGCAUAGUCUCUGUCUUCUACAUAGAUGAUAUACUUGAAAAUCAUACAUAAUUGUGAAGAUUUAAGUGAAGAUUCAGAAGAAGACUCGGAGACACAUCAUGUUCUCAGGUGCUCUACUCUGUAAGAGUAAUACAUUCACGGAGGUGGAUUGAUGUUCCUCGGGCUAGGGUGGACAUUUCCAGCACGUAAAGCCACAGUGCCAUAUAUAACAUUCUAUUGUGUCUUGGGAAACAAAUAUUCAGAGCAUAUCCAUAAGAUAUUCUUUAAAUGUCUAAUAGCUGCAGGUCCUACCUCUGGACAUGGAAAGGAGGUCACUGGUCCUAUCCUGUCUCACCGGGUCCCACUGUUCUCCGCAACCAUGCCAAGUGGCCAGGGUUAUGGAACCAACAAAGCCUACUGGGCUACACUGUUUCUGUAACUGUCAAAGGAGUGAAUGGAAGUAAUUGAACUGUCACCACAAAAUGCAGUGCAAUCUGCAGGCAGUAUGUUAUAGAGCAGAAGGAGCUGAGCAGAUUGUGAGAAAAGAUUCAGUAAAACUUGUCAUUUUUACAUUUAUAUCUCUGCUCAUUCUGACUUAAUUUGCACACAGGGGAGGUGUUAUCAGCAAUAUAUAUAGCAUUCUCUGUGUAAGUGUGUAUACAUAGUCACUGAUAGUUUACAUGGGUGAAGUGUUAUUAACGAUUAAUAGCAUUCUCUGUGAAACGGGGGAUUUCGGGUACUUUCACACUAGUGUUUUUCGUUUUUCGGCACUGAGUUCCGUCAAAAGGGCUCUAUGCCGGAAAAGAACUGAUCAGGCAUAUCCCCA